GAGAGCCUCUUAAAGCCGGGGGCCGCUGCACCGAAUCCUGGGAGUCCUCCCCGAACGCACUUGGGACGCUGUGGGUGGAAGCGCCUCCCCGCCUGCAAGAGGGACAGGGUAGAGGAUGGCCUCCUGCAGGCUCCCGGCUGCCGCUGCCUAUGGGCGUGGUCUCCUGUGCCCCGCCCCCUGACACGCCCCCGGGCCCCUCUCUGGGCUGGGGUCCCCUCCUUCUCUGGCCCUGGACCCAGCGUGGCGCGUUCCCCCCUGGGUGCCAUGGCCUCGCGGCUCCUGCACCGGCUGCGACACGCCCUGGCUAGCGAUGGCCCCGGGGAGGCGGCGGCGGGCCCAGAGACCGAGCAGUUCCCUGAGAGCUCCGAGCUGGAGGACGACGACGCCGAGGGCCUGUCCUCCCGCCUCAGCGGUACCCUCAGCUUCACCAGUGCAGAAGAUGACCCGGACGACGAGGACGAGGACGACGAGGCGGGCCCCGAUUCUCUGCCCUCCGGAGACGGGACAUCGGGAGAAGACGCAGAACGAAGUCCCCCACCUGAUGGACAGCGGGGCAGUCAACUCCUGGCUCGGCAGCUGCAGGAUUUCUGGAGGAAGUCUCGGAACACCCUAGUUCCACAGCGGCUGCUCUUUGAGGUGACAAGCGCCAAUGUUGUCAAGGACCCACCCUCCAAGUACGUGCUCUACACCCUCGCCGUGAUGGGCCCGGGGUCACCAGAUCGCCAGCCAGCCCAGAUCUCUCGCCGCUACUCGGACUUUGAGCGGCUGCACAGAAACCUUCAGCGGCAAUUCCGGGGCCCCAUGGCUGCCAUCUCCUUCCCCCGUAAGCGCCUGCGCCGGAACUUUACUGCAGAAACCAUUGCCCGCCGUAGCCGGGCCUUUGAACAGUUUUUGGGCCACCUGCAGGCAGUGCCCGAGCUACGCCAAGCUCCAGACCUACAGGACUUCUUCGUGCUGCCCGAGUUGCGGCGGGCACAGAGCCUCACCUGCACUGGCCUUUAUCGUGAGGCUCUGGCACUGUGGGCCAACGCCUGGCAGCUGCAGACCCAGCUGGGCACCCCUUCUGGCCUCGACCGACCCCUGCUGACUCUGGCUGGGUUGGCUGUGUGCCAUCAGGAGCUGGAGGACCCUGGGGAAGCACGCGCUUGUAGUGAGAAGGCCCUGCAGCUGCUGGGGGAUAAGAAACCCCAUCCUUUCCUGGCACCCUUUCUCGAGGCCCAUGUCCGGCUCUCCUGGCGCCUGGGCCUGGACAAACGGCAGUCAGAGGCCCAGCUUCAGGCCCUACAAGAGGCAGGCCUUACCCCCACUCCACCCCCCAGCCUCAAGGAGCUGCUCAUCAAAGAGGUGCUGGACUAACUUGUGCUUGUCCUAAGGCCACGUCUAGGAGAGGGGCUGCCCCAGGCAAGGGGGCAAGGGCUGAGGACAGUGAGUGACUGUAGGCUGAAAGGCAUUCUGGGCCCCUGUAAAGUAGUUCCAGAAAGAUUGUGCAGCAGACUGAGAGGAACUUCGUUUUCCCAGGCUGGGCCGGGAAAGGGCUUUGGCUGGGGUUAUCCUAGGAUGAUACCAGGAGGAAGUCUUGGCAUGGGGAUCCUCAGCCUACCACAACGGGAGGCUGUGGCCAAGGUGAGAGUCAAUGUUUGCUUUUCCAUGGGCCCCUAAACCAGUGAAACAGCUUGGCUGAAGGCUGGGAACUACUACUGGAGUCCUGGAAUUCGAAGAUGGGGAGGGCUGUAGCUCCAUUAAAGGUCAGCUACUCCAGUGUUA